CGCCCCCUGUCCUCCUGGCGUCGAGUGACGGCGUAACUUGAAUAGCGGUCGAAGCGCUCAGCAUCCUCACGCCACCAGGACUUUGCCGACACCCCUUACGGAACGAAUCAUGACCGUGCCUCCUUCCUAUGCUGACCUGGGCAAAGCUGCCAAGGACAUCUUUAGCAAAGGCUAUGGCUUCGGGCUGGUCAAGCUGGACCUGAAGACCAAAUCUCAAAGUGGCGUGGAGUUCAACACGUCAGGCUCCAGCAACACCGACUCGGGCAAAGCGUCGGGCAACCUGGAGACCAAAUACAAGAUGAAGGAGUUGGGCCUCAGCGUAAACCAGAAGUGGAACACUGAUAACACGCUUGCCACCGAGAUCGCGCUGGAGGACCAGUUGACUCAAGGCCUGAAGGUGGCGUUGGACACGUCUUUUGUUCCGAACACGGGCAAGAAAAGCGGUAAGCUGAAGACAGGCUACAAGCGCGACUACGUCAACGUGAGCUGUGACGUGGACUUCGAGGGUCCGGCGGUCCACGCCUCCGCCGUGCUGGGCUAUGAGGGCUGGCUGGCCGGCUACCAGAUGGCCUUUGAUACGGCCAAGUCCAAACUGGUGCAGAACAACUUCGCUUUGGGCUACAAGGCAGGAGACUUCCAGCUGCACACCAACGUCAACGACGGCACGGAGUUCGGCGGCUCCAUCUACCAAAAAGUCAACGAGGAGUUGGAGACGGCCGUCACCUUAGCCUGGACGGCCGGGAGCAACAACACCCGCUUCGGCAUCGCCGCCAAAUACAAAGUGGACGCCGAUACCUCCGUGUCGGCCAAAGUCAACAACGCCAGCCUUAUCGGAGUGGGAUACACUCAGAGCCUCCGACCAGGCGUCAAGGUAACGCUGUCGGCGCUCGUCGACGGAAAGAACUUCAACGCCGGCGGUCACAAGGUGGGCAUGGGAUUCGAGCUGGAGGCGUAGAAGCGCCGGAUGAAGAUGACUCACGUAGCUUCUCCCCCACAAGCCCCGCCUCCUGCCAAUCACAUGCAAGCAUGUUGACAGAUGUUGAGAUGAUUGUCACGGUGUGUCGUGGUGUCGCCGAGGACCCCACCGUGUGCGAGUGUGUGUUAUGUCACUUCCUGAUGACCAAACAAAACGCGAGCGACCGAAUCAUCCCGUUUCAUUGCCGUUGACGGUGAUGGACGUCCAAUCUGUUCGGACCGGGAGAGCUGGCAGGGAUCGAACGAUUGUCUGAAUAAAUUGAACGUCCGUCAACACCAAUAGCAAUGAAGUCGUUAAGCAUAGUUUGCUUUUCUACCGGAUUGUUUUCAUCUACCCUUCAAAACAGUUUUUUUGUGUGAGUGUGUUGUCAUCAAUGUCACUUAGACCUCAUUUUUCAUGUCAGCUAGGGCAAUUCUAUAAUUAAAUACAUUGGAAACAGAAGCGCUUCUUUGUGUUCACUCCAGAAUGUUUGAAUGGUUUUUGUCUUUUAAAAAAAAACAUGUAGUAAGGUGGGUUUUUUUUUUUACUCGAAAAUGACUGUGUAAUAAGGCU